AUGAAGCUGUUUUUUGGAAUUGUUUUAAUGAAUUUAGGAUUAGUAGCUGUUGAUUGUGGACAACGGUUCUGGAGGAUGAAAGAGUGUGACCAUAAGAGAUUUCAAUUGGGAGAUACUCCGGAGCUAAAAUCAAAAACAAAAUAUCACUGUGUUAAAAUGUGUCAAGAUGAAGCUGAAUGUUUGACGAUAUUUUUUGACGGAACACAUGGAAGGUGUUACAAAUUCGACAAACUACCAAAGAGCACGUGUCACAAUCUCGUAGAAUAUUACAGUGGAAAGAAUCACGAAUUUCUUUACAAGGGUAUCCAGUGUAAAAAUGGCGGAACUGCAUCAGAAGAUAAAUUAAACUGUCAAUGUGUUAAUGAUUGGUCAGGUCGAUUUUGCGAGAUUCCAAAAGAUUCUAAUGAAGAGGAUGAAAAGGAAGACGCUUAUUGA